GCGAAAGCGGCCUCGGCAAAAGCACGCUAAUCAAUUCCAUGUUCCUGUCUGACAUAUAUUCCAACGACCACCCGGGACCUUCUCACAGAGUCAAGAAGACGGUGCAGGUGGAGACCACGAAGGUUCUGCUGAAGGAGAACGGUGUUAACCUGAUGCUUACGGUAGUCGACACACCUGGCUUUGGCGACGCCGUGGACAACAGCGAUUGCUGGCAGCCAGUAAUACAGUACGUGGAAUCGAAAUAUGAAGAAUAUCUGAAUUGUGAAUCUAGGGUUAACAGAACACAGAUUAGUGAUAGCAGGGUACACUGUUGCCUGUACUACAUUGCUCCUUCCGGUCAUGGUCUAAAACCUCUGGACGUGGAGUUCAUGAAGCGUCUCCAUGACAAGGUCAACAUCAUUCCUGUCAUAGCCAAAGCAGACACACUCACACCUGAUGAGUGUCAGCACUUGAAGAAGCAGAUACUCAACGAAAUCGCUCAGCAUAAGAUUAAGAUCUACGAGUUCCCAGAGGAUGAGUCAGAUCCUACAUCAAUCAAGAUGAAACAACGUGUGCCAUUUGCUGUCGUCGGGUCCAACACAACAGUAGAAGUUGAUGGAAAGAAACUAAGGGGUCGCAGAUAUCCAUGGGGAGUUGUAGAAGUGGAAAACAUGGAACAUUGCGACUUCAUUCCCCUUCGCAAUAUGCUGAUUCGGACUCACAUGCAGGACCUCAAGGAUGUCACCAACAAUGUACAUUAUGAGAACUAUAGGUGUCGUAAAUUAGCAGGUAUCGGAGGAACAGAUGGAAAGAUCAAGAUAACGAACAAGAACCCACUGGCUCAGAUGGAGGAGGAAAAGAACGAGCACACCAACCGCAUGAAGAAGAUGGAGGCAGAGAUGGAGCAGGUCUUCGAGAUGAAGGUCAAGGAGAAAAUGGGAAAACUGAAUGAGCUAGAGCAAGACCUACAAAAACGCAAUGAGACUAUGCGUAAGAAGCUUGAGUCAGAUACCUUAGAAUUAGAAGAAGAACGAGAACGAUUUGAGCGAGAGAAGAAGGCAUGGGAAGCUGCCAAUAACAUCACCGUUGAGGAGCUGCACCGGAAGUCUUUAGAAUCCAUCAGUAGAGAGACCUCUUCUCUGGCGUCAUCCAGCAGUGCUUCGGGAAGUUCUCAAAAGAGCUCCCCUAAGUUCUCUCGUACCUACUCUCUUCCCAGACAUAAAUUCAAACAGAAUGAGCAGUGUAACCAGCAGUAGUGGGGCAAGAUACCUUGUCUGGAUUAUGAGGGUUACUGAUACGUAAUAGCACACCUUGUUAUUUUUUUUUUCCCAUUACUAUACUAUUUUCAAGUUUUUAAAAGGAUUGAUCUUUUUUCUUACUUAUUUUGCCAGUUGCUGAUUUUUUUUUCUUUUAUUUUAAUUUUUAUUAUAUCUGCCAAAAUGUUAAGCAAAUAUGUUUUGAUUUUCAAUACCUUUAGUUCGUUUCGUGUUAGCGAACAUUUAUCAUAUCCACCAGGAAAAAAAUGUAUAUGCAAUGUAUAGAUAUAUGGAUUAUCUAUUCUCAGAUUAGCAUUAUUAUGAUAAACUUAGAAACUAUGAUCUGAUACUCAGGCAAGUUAAUUUUUAUUGACUGCAAUAUACAUAAGUUUUGUAUAGAGUACUUCAAAUAUCAUCACCUUGAUAUGAUUUUACAACUUAGUAAAGUGCAGUUAAUCUCAGAGCAUUUAUUUAUAUACAUCUAUUUUCCCCGUAAUAAUCAUAGAUUCAGGUAUGGUAAAACAGAUACACAAAUGUGUAUUUUUACAAAUAAGUAAUGCAUUAUUCACUAGAUCAGUGAAAGGAAAGAAAUGAUGUAGUAAUGUAUUCACAUAUAGUUCAUAAGAUACUCCAGAGUUGUGAAAAAAUAUAUAUUAGGAAGUUAUUUUAAGAUUAAUAUGCAUGAACAUUUUUUCCAAUGUAAUAGCUAAAGCAGUUUUAGCAGGAAUCAAAAUGUACUAGUAAUCAGGAGUGAGAGAGAGUUACUGAUAGCUUUGCUAGAUAUAUCUUGAAGGAAUCCAGAUGUGUCCAUUGGAAAAUGGAAGUAUAAUAUGAAAUAUUCUUUUUUUUAUGUUUGUGGAAAUGUAUUGUUAAAGUUUUGUUCAUAAUCCGUUGAUUUACCCUGACGAUUUAUCUGAUGCAUUUCUGGCAAUAUAUGUUAAAUGUUGAUGUUUUAACUUGUGUGCCACUUCAGUCAUACUAAGAACAAGAAGGCACACAAGACAGAGACAAAUCUAAGUCUAUGGUUGGCAUUAUUAUGACAUACAUAGUUACAGUUUCCAUGGCUCAUAGAGGUUAAGCAGUUUUAGUGGGGCAUUACUGUAGUAUGAAUUAGUGACCUAUUUUCAAAUAAAAGGAAGUUGAUUGCUCUUUAAAUAUCUUUUCUUUCAUGUAACACAUCUGGCCUCCACUGUGAUAUAGAAUAUGAGAUCAGGCAUUUUCAUUAUAAACACCUUUGCUGCUUGCAGGCCACUAGCAAGAACUACUAGUUUGUGAGAGGCAGGUGAAGAGUAAGACAUCAAAAGGUUAACGUUGUAAGAUCCAAUAUUUUAUUACCUUUUUGAUCAUGUAUAGACGUACUGUUAAGUAUUCUUAAGAGGAAAAAGAGGACCUUUGUUAAUAAAUUUUAUAUUUCCAAAAUUUCAAACUACUGCAGAUGCAGUAUUGUUGAACAGUUGGUGCAGAAGAAUGAGAUGGUAGGAGACCUGGCCUCAUGUAAACUGAGUGAUGAGCACAAAGCACCAAUUGGAUGAA